UUCAAAACACUCUCUCUCUCAUCUAAACAAUAACAAAAAUGGCGGAUUUAUUCGACAAGGCGAAGAACUUCGUGGCCGACAAGGUGGCACACAUAAAGAAGCCGGAGGCGACAAUUACCGACGUAGAUCUGAAAGGUGUUAGCCGUGACGGUAUCACCUACACCGCUAUGGUCUCCGUCGAUAACCCUUACAGCCGUUCAAUUCCCAUUUGCGAGAUCUCUUAUACCCUCAAAAGCGCCAACAGGGUUAUUGCGUCCGGGACAGUACCGGACCCGGGAUCUUUGGCCGGGAACGAAAAAACUAUGUUGAAUGUGCCUUUGAAAGUUGCACAUAGUAUAUUGGUGAGUUUGGUUAAGGAUAUAGGUGCGGAUUGGGACAUUGAUUAUCUAUUGGAAAUUGGUCUCAUUGUUGACUUGCCUAUUAUUGGAAAUUUCACUAUUCCUAUAUCUACUACUGGCGAGAUCAAGCUUCCGACACUUUCUGAUUUGUGGAAGAAAAACGAAGAGUAGAAUAAUCAAAUAUUAAUAAUAAUAAUAAUAAUAAUGAUGAUGAUAUUGGUCAACUCUUUUUGUACUUGUUGCUUAUAAUAAUAAUUAUGUUUAAUUAAUUCCUAGUGUUAUAUGCUUGUAAGUUUUAAUAAUAUGGCUAUCUUUUCUUGACUU